AUGACCGAGCACAGCCCACGACCGAGCACAGCCCACGACCGAGCACAGCCCACAACCGAGCACAGCCCACGACCGAGCACAGCCCACGACCGAGCACAGCCCACGACCGAGCACAGCCCACGACCGAGCACAGCCCACGACCGAGCACAGCCCACGACCGAGCACAGCCCACGACCGAGCACAGCCCACGACCGAGCACAGCCCACGACCGAGCACAGCCCACGACCGAGCACAGCCCACGACCGAGCACAGCCCACGACCGAGCACAGCCCACGACCGAGCACAGCCCACGACCGAGCACAGCCCACGACCGAGCACAGCCCACGACCGAGCACAGCCCACGACCGAGCACAGCCCACGACCGAGCACAGCCCACGACCGAGCACAGCCCACGACCGAGCACAGCCCACGACCGAGCACAGCCCACGACCCAGCACAGCCCACGACCGAGCACAGCCCACGACCGAGCACAGCCCACGACCGAGCACAGCCCACGACCGAGCACAGCCCACGACCGAGCACAGUCCACGACCGAGCACAGUCCACGACCGAGCACAGUCCACGACCGAGCACAGUCCACGACCGAGCACAGUCCACGACCGAGCACAGUCCACGACCGAGCACAGUCCACGACCGAGCACAGUCCACGACCGAGCACAGUCCACGACCCAGCACAGUCCACGACCGAGCACAGUCCACGACCGAGCACAGUCCACGACCGAGCACAGUCCACGACCGAGCACAGUCCACGACCGAGCACAGUCCACGACCGAGCACAGUCCACGACCGAGCACAGUCCACGACCGAGCACAGUCCACGACCGAGCACAGUCCACGACCGAGCACAGUCCACGACCGAGCACAGUCCACGACCGAGCACAGUCCACGACCGAGCACAGUCCACGACCGAGCACAGUCCACGACCGAGCACAGCCCACGACCGAGCACAGCCCACGACCGAGCACAGCCCACGACCGAGCACAGCCCACGGCCGAGCACAGCCCACGGCCGAGCACAGCCCACGGCCGAGCACAGCCCACGGCCGAGCACAGCCCACGGCCGAGCACAGCCCACGGCCGAGCACAGCCCACGGCCGAGUACAGCCCACGGCCGAGUACAGCCCACGGCCGAGUACAGCCCACAGCCGAGUACAGCCCUCAGCCGAGUGCAGCCCACAGCCGAGUGCAGCCCACCGCCGAGUGCAGCCCACCGCCGAGUGCAGCCCACAGCCGAGUGCAGCCCACAGCCGAGUGCAGCCCACAGCCGAGUGCAGCCCACAGCCGAGUGCAGCCCACAGCCGAGUGCAGCCCACAGCCGAGUGCAGCCCACAGCCGAGUGCAGCCCACAGCCGAGUGCAGCCCACAGCCGAGGGCAGCCCACAGCCGAGCGCAGCCCACAGCCGAGCGCAGCCCACAGCCGAGCGCAGCCCACAGCCGAGCGCAGCCCACAGCCGAGCGCAGCCCACAGCCGAGCACAGCCCACAGCCGAGCACAGUCCACAGCCGACCACUGUCCACAACCGAGCACAGUCCACAACGGAGCACAGUCCACAACGGAGCACAGUCCACAACCGAGCACAGUCCACAACCGAGCACAGUCCACAACCGAGCACAGCCCACAACCGAGCACAGCCCACAACCGAGCACAGCCCACAGCCGAGCACAGCCCACAGCCGAGUAAACCCCACAGCCGAGUACAGCCCACAGCCGAGUACAGCCCACAGCCGAGUACAGCCCUCAGCCGAGUACAGCCCUCAGCCGACUACAGCCCACAGCCGACUACAGCCCACAGCCGACUACAGCCCACAGCCGAGUACAGCCCACAGCCGAGUACAGCCCACAGCCGAGUACAGCCCACCGCCGAGUACAGCCCACAGCCGAGCGCAGCCCACAGCCGAGCGCAGCCCACAGCCGAGCGCAGCCCACAGCCGAGCGCAGCCCACAGCCGAGCGCAGCCCACAGCCGAAUGCAGCCCACAGCCGAGUGCAGCCCACAGCCGAGUGCAGCCCACAGCCGAGUGCAGCCCACAGCCGAGUGCAGCCCACAGCCGAGUGCAGCCCACAGCCGAGUGCAGCCCACAGCCGAGUGCAGCCCACAGCCGAGUGCAGCCCACAGCCGAGUGCAGCCCACAGCCGAGUGCAGCCCACAGCCGAGUGCAGCCCACAGCCGAGUGCAGCCCACAGCCGAGUGCAGCCCACAGCCGAGUGCAGCCCACAGCCGAGUGCAGCCCACAGCCGAGUACAGCGCACAGCCGAGUACAGCCCACAGCCCACAGCCAAGUACAGCCCCCAGUCGAGUACAGCCCACAGCCAAGCACAGCCCACAGCCGAGUACAGCCCACAACUGAGUACAGCCCACACCUGA